GGAUCCAGCCCCGCAACUGAGGGAGGUGCCCUUGACCAGAAUCCAACCCGGGCCCUUCAGUCCCCCAGGCGGUGCUCUAACCACUGGGCAACCGGCCAGGGCAGCCCCCAGAGAGUUUCAGGUGAUCUGGGAACAUGAAACUAGGAACUAUCAAUAGAGCAAGCAUGCUAAUAUUGAAUAAGGCAGCAGGAGUUUUUUCUAAACCAGCAAAAAGGAAAAUUUAUGAGUAUUUAAGAAGUUCCAAUUUUCAUCCUGGGAAAGUAUUUCUGCACAAAGUCGUGUUGGGAAUUGAGACCAGUUGUGACGAUACGGCAGCUGCUGUGGUGGAUGAAGCUGGGAAUGUUUUGGGAGAAGCGAUACAUUCCCAGACUGAAGUUCACUUAAAAACCGGCGGGAUCAUUCCGCCAGUAGCUCAGCAGCUUCACAGAGAAAACAUCCAGCGGAUAGUGCAAGAAGCCCUCUCUGCCAGUCGAGUCCCUCCGAGCGAACUCUCCGCCGUGGCCACCACCACCAUGCCCGGCCUGGCCCUGAGCCUGGGCGUGGGCCUGUCCUUCAGCCUGCAGCUGGUGGGCCAGCUGAGGAAGCCCUUCAUUCCCAUCCACCACAUGGAAGCUCACGCGCUCACCAUCAGGCUGACAAACGAAGUGGAGUUUCCCUUUCUCGUUCUCUUGAUUUCUGGAGGCCACUGUCUGUUGGCCUUGGUCAGAGGCGUCGCGGAUUUCCUGCUUCUCGGGAAGUCUCUGGACAUAGCGCCGGGAGACAUGCUUGACAAGGUAACUCACAUUAAUCUCUACCUUAUUUUUUGUCAAGUUUCCUUCACUGGACUUCAACACGCUGUCGAUAAGAUAAUAACACAAAAAGAAAAAGAGGAAGGCGUGGAGCAGGGCAGGGUCCUGCCUUCUGCUGGCGAAUCGCGGCCCGCCGUGCAGCACACCACCGCCUGCCACCUCGCCAGCGCACCGCACCGCGCCCUGUUGUUCUGCCAGCAGCGAAGCCUGCUGCCACCGAGCAACGCCGCCCUGGUUGUGUCUGGAGGAGUUGCCAGCAACUUCUACCCGAAAAUCCGAAAAGCUCUGGAACUUGUAACAGACGCCACCCAGUGCGCCCUGCUGUGUCCUCCCCCCCGACUGUGCACGGACAACGGCGUGAUGAUCGCGUGGAACGGGAUUGAGAGACUGCGCACCGGCGUGGGCAUUUUAUACGACACAGAAGGCGUCCGCUACGAACCGAAAUGUCCUCUGGGGGUGGAUAUAUCCAAAGAAGUUGGAGAAGCCGCCAUAAAAGUUCCACAAUUAAAAAUGAAGAUCUGAGCCCGGCCGGCGUGGUUCAGUGGUUGGGGUCGACCUAGGAGCCAGGAGGUCCUGGUUCAAUUCCCGGUCAGGGCACAGGCCCGGAUUGCAGGCUCGAUGCUCAGUAGGGGGCGUGCAGGAGGCAACCAAUGAUUGACGUUUCUCUCUCUCUCUCCCUUCCUCUCUGAAAUCAAUAAA